CAUGAUCCACAACCAGUGUAUGAAUCCACUAACAACAGCCAUGAUCCACAACCAGUGUAUGAAUCCACUAACAACAGCCAUGAUCCACAACCAGUGUAUGAAUCCACUGACAACAGCCAUGAUCCACAACCAGUGUAUGAAUCCACUAACAACAGCCAUGAUCUACAACCAGUGUAUGAAUCCACUGACAACAACCAUGAUCCACAACCAGUGUAUGAAUCCACUAACAACAAGCUGCAACAAGAUUGAACACAACAAGCCUGUAUUGGAAUAG